GUGAAAGUCUACCUGCUCAUUACGAGUCCGUCUCACCUGUUGGCCAUCAUCACCUUCCUCCUCCUCCUCCUCCUCCUCCUCCUCCUCAGGUCUUCUCAGGUCUCCUCCCUCUCCUCAUAUAAAGACACACCACAAAGAUUUCACCUCUCCUCAGGACUCUAACGCUUCUGGAGGUUCUGGUUCUGGUUCUGACUGUUAUGACUGGGAGGGAAGUCAGGAGAGGAGCUUUUAUUGUGUAAGGUAGAACAUCUGGAGUCCAUGUCUCCAUCAUUGGCCAGAUCGGCUCCCAGCGAGCUCAACCAUUGGUGGAGCCAGCUGAGGUUCCGCCUCCAGAACAAGAAAGGAUGGAACGAGAUGCUGGACGAGACGUUCCUGCUCCACACCAAGAAUAUAAACGACAUUCCUCUGUUCUACGCCGCCAAGAACAACAGCGUCGGCUGCAUCAGGAAGCUGCUGAGCUGCGCUUCCACCAACAUCUUUGAGAGAGGUGCCCUCGGAGAAACGGCGCUCCACGUGGCUGUGAUGAGCGACAACGUGGACGCUGCUGUGGCUCUGAUGGACGGAGCUCCUGAACUCAUCAACGAACCCAUGACCUCCGAGCUGUUCCAAGGUGUGACUCCUCUGCACAUCGCUGUGGCCAAUCAGAACAUGAACCUGGUCUACCACCUGAUUGGUCGAGGAGGAGACGUGGCCACGCCCAGAGUCACUGGGUUGUACUUCAGGAAGAGGAUCGGAGGGCUUCUGUACUGCGGUGAACACAUCCUGUCGUUUGCUGCUUGUGCUGGAAAUGAGGACAUCGUCUCCAUGGUGAUUGAUGCUGGCGCCAGCACCAGGAUCCAGGACUACAGAGGCAACACUCUGCUGCACAUCCUGGUCCUGCAGCCCAACAAGACCAUCGCCUGCCAGGCCAUGGACCUGAUCCUGAACCGGGACGCAGAGCUGGACCAGCCAGUGCCGCUGGACAUGGUACCCAACUACCGAGGCCUGACUCCCCUGAAGCUGGCUGCUAAGGAGGGGAACUUGGUGGCCUUCCAACACCUGGUGAACAAGCGGCGGGUGGUCCAGUGGAGUCUGGGUCCUCUGAGCUCUCAGCUGUUCGACCUGACAGAGAUCGACUCGUGGGCCGACAGCAUGUCGGUGCUGGAGCUAAUCGUUGGAAGUCACCAGAGAGAGGCCAGAAGGAUCCUAGAAGUGACUCCAGUCAGGCAGCUGGUCAGUCUGAAGUGGAACCUCUACGGAAAACAUUACUUCAGGCUGCUGCUGCUGCUCUAUCUGCUCUACAUCGGGACCUUCACCCUCUGUUGUGUGUUUCGACCCAUAAAAGACACUCCGGAGAACUACACAACAUCUGACAUGGACAAAACCAUCCGGGUCCAGAAGAACCUCAGCGAGAGUUAUGUGACGUAUGAGGACAGUCUGCGUUUGGCUGGAGAGGUCAUCAGUGUUCUGGGAGCUCUGCUCAUCCUGCUGCUGGAGAUCCCUGACAUCCUGAGGGUUGGAGCGAGGAGGUACUUUGGUCAGACGGCGCUGGGAGGUCCGUUCCACGUUAUUCUGAUCAGCUACGCCUGCCUGGUGGUCCUGCUGCUGGUCUUCAGGGUUUGUGGUGUUCAGGGUGAAGCUGAGGUUAUGGCCGUCUGUCUGGUCCUCGGCUGGUGUAACGUCAUGUUCUUCGCCCGAGGAUUCGAGAUGCUCGGACCGUACGUAAUCAUGAUACAGAAGAUUAUUUUUGGAGAUCUGACAAAGUUCAUGUGGCUCAGUUUCAUUGUGCUCAUCGGUUUUUCCACCUCCCUGUGGAUGGUCUACAUGACCCAGGAACCGGACUCCAUCCCGUCCUACCGCUCCUUCCCCAUCACGCUGUUCUCCCAGUUUGAGCUGAGCGUGGGUCUCAUCGACCUGCCGGUGGACCACACCUUCACCACGCCGCCCAUCGUCCACGUGCUGCACGUCGCCUUCUCCGUGGUUUCCUACAUCCUGCUGCUCAACCUGCUCAUCGCCAUGAUGAGCGACACCCACUGGAGGGUGGCUCAGGAGAGGGACGAGCUCUGGAGGACUCAGGUUGUGGCCACGACUCUGAUGCUGGAGAGGAGGCUUCCUCGCUGCCUCUGGCCUCGACUGGGCGUCUGUGGGCUGAACUACGGUCUGAAGGAACGUUGGUACCUCAGGGUGGAGGACAGGAACGACCCGAUGAUGCAGAAGAUGCGACGCUACAUCAAGGCGUUCUCCAGGGAGGAUGAGAAGGACGGAGCCGAGAAGUCAGACGCAACGAAGGAAGGAGCGAAGCUGCGACCCAAAGCCGGAGGACUGAACAACCGGAGGGCGAUGGCGGGCUGGGAGAUGAUCCGGAACAGCGCUCUGGGUCUGGAGGUGGAGCAGGAGGAGCCGGAGGAGGACCAGGACAUCAGAUACGUGUAGAGGAGGUUCUGGAGGAAGUUCUGGAGAAGGCUCCAGAGGAAGCUCUGGGUGAGUUUGUGGAAGACGUUCUGAUGGACAUUCUGAAGGAUGUUCUAGAGAAGGCUCUGGAGGAGGCUCUGAUGGAGCUUCUGGAGGAUGUUUUGAUGGACAUUCUGAAGGAGAUUCCGGGAAAUGAGGACUGAUUGUGACGGUGCAAUUCUUCCUGCAGUAUUAUUCCGCUUUAGAGCAGAGUGUGUUAUUUUUCUAGUGCUGUGAAUUUGUGUAGAAAUAAAGUGAAACAUAGAUUUUAUCAUGUAGGUGAUGAACAUUUUUAUAUGAGAAUAAAACUUAUUGUUGAAACUUUA